AUGGCGGGCGCAGCGGAGAGGCGGGUGCUGAUCGUGGGCGGCGGCGGCUCCCCCGCCGGGCCUGCCAUGGAAGAGCGCGCAGGGGGCGGGCGGCAGCACGUGCUGCAUCUGGCGCACCAGAAAACAGGCGCGUCACUGGCGGGGACGCGAUGGCGCGUGGGGAGUAGGGGCGCGAUGGCGCGGGCGGCGGCGUGCUACAUGCAGCAGGGCGGCGCGGUGUUGGAGGUGGCGUGGUUCAAAGACGCGCUCUCCUCGUGGCUGCUCAAGGACUCCGUGCUCCAAGAUGGCAGUCUAUUCAUGGCGACGCCUAUUGAUGCUGCCUUCCUGCUCCUGCCCAUCCUCGAUAAGAGCAGGAUGAAGAAGGAGGGAUCAGGCAGUGAAGGCAUGUUCAGAUCACUGGAUGAGAUCUGCACCGUUGAUGGAUUUCCAUCGUACGGCUGGCUGCAGUCGCAGGGAGUGUGGGAUCCCGUUCUCCCUCUCAUCACCGACAUCAGAGAAGUGGGCAGCACACGGUUCUACAGGCUGAAUGACAGUCGCGUGCUGGCAUGGCUCACAUGCAAGGUGGCGGCGCUCAAGGCAGCGCUGAGGCAGCAUGGGGAGGCGCCGGUGAGAGGGCUGCCAGACACCGACCUGGAGGCAUACGCGGUGGGGCUGCUGUCAGAGUAUCUGCCCGCCUCCUUCCACGCUGCCCUCUGCCGCCACCUCUCCAUCAGUGAGGGCGAGUUGAAGCAGAGCCACCAAGGGGGGCAACGCCUGGCCAGCCCACCUGCCACUACUGCCACUCAACCCAAGCCCUCCCUGCCCCUCGCCGGUGCGAAUUCCCCUCUGCGCCCCUCCCACGUGGGCGCUGCCGCUGCUGGCGCUGCCCACACUUUCUCUCCCCCGCUCUCCGCGCGCCACUCCGCGCCCCACCAUGCGCGCCACUCCGCGCCCCACCAUGCGCGCCACCCGCCUCCCCCCAGUAACCUUCCGCAGCUCUCUUGCGCCUCCUCCUCCGUCUCCUCUUCGCUCCCGCGCUCCGCGCUCUCGUCCCCCGCGUCCUCCGCGCUGCACCUGCCCGCCAUCCCCUCGCUGCAGUCCCUCCCCUCGCUCCGCUCCCUCUCCUCCUUCUCCUCCGCGCACACCUGCGCGGGGUGCUCCUGCGCGGGAUGCGCGGGGGGCAGCGCGGCGGGGGGCACGCGGAGCCCGUCGGAUGGGGGGGAAGUGCGCUGGUACUUCAGCAAGGGGCACUUAGUCAAGGGCGCGGUGGCAGCAGCGGUGCCGCAAGCCAUGGUGGCCUCCUCGGCGGGCUUUCUGCGCUUCAGUGCGCGCGACUCACACGCCCUCGAGACCGCCUUCCGCCAGCGGGAGGAGGAGCUGCUCACGCUGUGGUGGAAGGAAUAUGCUGACGCUGCAGUGGGGCCCGCGCCAGGUGGCUUGCUGCCAUUGGUGGCCCCUCUGCUGUCGUCCGAUCGCAUCCGUCCGUGGCAGAUCGCCGCUCCCCUGCGCAGCAAGAGACGGCGGCGGGGAGGGUGGGGACGAGGGAGGGAGAGGGAGGAAGAGAGGCAGGAGAGGGAGAGGGAGAUGGAGAGGGAGAGGGAGAGGGAGAGGGAACGUGAAAUGGCAAGGGAGAGGAUGAGGGAAUGGAGGAGGCAGGAGGCGAGGCGGCACGAGGGGGGACUGGAGAAGGGCGAGGGGCUGUGGACGGACGUGCGGGAGGAGGGGGCGGAGGGGGAAGGGGGGAGGGAGGCAGAGGAGGCGGAGAGGAAAAGCAGUGAGCGGGGAGUGUGGGACAGUGACAAUUCAGGCGAUGCAGGGAGGCAAGGGGAUGGGGAGGGGGAGGGGGACGGGGAGGAGAGUGAGGGGGAGAGUGAGGAGGGCGAGGAGGAGCCCAUGGGGGUGACGGUGAAGGGCGGCCUCUAUGAGGUGGAUUUGGGUCGGAGGCGGUCGUAUGCGGUGUACUGGGAGGGGGAGGACCGCCGUGUGCUGCGAGGGCUGUGGUUCGGCAAGGGGAAGGCGCAGCUGACGUGGCAGCCGCUGAGGGAGGACGUGGCAGAACAGCUGGAGGAGGCGUACAGGAAGCGGGUGUGGCGGCGGCGGUGGUUCCAGCCGUCAGGGCUGUUCGCCUCUAGAGUGCCCAUCGCUGGCGCCGGCGAGGGAGUGAGCGCGGUGUUCACGGGGGACGACAGCAGCUGGAGGGCGCAGCUGUGGGUGGAGGGCGCGCGGCUCUUCUCCUCGCCACUGCAUGCCAUGGCCGUCCGCAGGGGCUUCCCGCCUCCUCCGCCCAUCCCUGCCGCCCACGAGGACGAGCAGCAGGUGAAGGAGGAGGAGCUCGAUGACUACUGCUCCAUG